AUUUAAUUGAUCAUUAGCUUUCAAAUAUGUGGAAUUAUGUUAGUUCAAGUAAAAUCAUAGAACUAAAAUAAUAAGCCUAUGUAAUAAAAUUACUAUAUGAUUUUAGUCAUAUGAUAGACAUAUUAAAAUAGUGAAUAAAGCCAAAGCUACAAUUGAUAAUGGAACUCCAUACAAGCAUAAAUUUACUUCAAGAUUAACUAAUAAAUAUUAGUAAUAUAUAUAGUUAUUUUUAUGUAAUAAAACUAUGCAGAAAUAAAUAGAAGUAAUUCAGCUUUAUUAAGAAGAAUGUUGUACAUAAAUUCUCACCGUAGCAAUCUUAAUAAAUAGAAGCUUGUUAAAUCUUAUAAAGAUAUAUCCCAUGUUUUAAAAAGCAGCAAGUAAUUACAUACUGAUAGAGAUAGAAUGCAAGAUGAAAAUGAAGUAAAAUUUAUUUGAUUAUUUAAAUAAGAAAAUAGUAGCUAGACUUAUAGCAACGAAAUCUUAUUAUGAAAGAGAUAAUUAAUUAACAUAAACACAAAAAUCUAUAGCAUGUCGAAAAAAUAUAUCAUAAAAUGCAAGUAUUAAGUUUAGUAAAUUUAGGACGAUUGGUAUAUAUGA